AUGCAACGUGGCCACUCACCUCUCGCAUCCAUCUACGGCAUGGCCGCUGACCAAGUUCUCGCCUUUGAGGUCGUCACCGCCGAUGGGCGUUUCGUCACUGCCUCUGACUCGAAGAACUCCGAUCUCUUCUGGGCCCUUCGCGGAGGAGGCGGUGGAACUUUCGGUGUUGUGACUUCAGUUAUCGCCAAAGCCCAUCCGAGAAUAUACGUUACCAAGUCUGUCUUCUCCUUCCAGGCCCCAGUCAACGACUCUGCCAACUUCUGGAAGGGCAUCAACGCUUACAUGAAGCGGUUCCCUGAGUUCACCAACGCUGGCACCUAUUCGUACUUCUGGAUCUGGAACUACGGUACGACGCUCGACUUCCAGAUGACUCCCUUCUUUGCGCCGAACCACACCAUUGCGUCCUUUAACGCGCUUACGAAGGACUUCUUCGCCGACCUCAAGUCUUUCAACAUCUCAGUAACUCCCAACACGACCUACCACGACGACUUUUACUCUGCCAACAAAGGCUCAUGGGGCGCGGAUACGCUCGGUGUGACCACCAUUCGUCAAGCUACCCGUCUCUUCCCCAAGAGCCUUUGGGCAACCGAAGAGAAGUUCAACUCUUUCUACACCACUAUCAAGGACACGGUGAUGAACGGCCACACGGUCGGUGGUUACCACAUGGCUCCGGGUAAUCCUUUCAAGGUUGAUAAUGCGGUCAAUGAGGCAUGGCGUAACACCCAGUCUUUCUUGAUCACCGCGAAUAUGGUUCCAGAGAACGCGACGCCGGCUCAAUUGAAGGAAGCAUCCGACUACCUUACGUACGACAUCAUGGACUCGUGGCGUGCAGUCGCUCCGGCGUCUGAGGGUGGCGGUGUCUAUCUCAACGAGGCUGAUAUCCAAGAGCCAAACUGGCAAACCGACUUCUACGGCGCGAAGAACUACCUCAAGCUUCUCGCGAUCAAGAAGAAGUGGGACCCAAAGAGCGUCUUCUACGCGACGACAGCUGUCGGCAGCGAGGAUUGGGAAAUCAGGGAUGGCGAGCAGGGGACUCAAACUCAGAACGGACGAUUAUGCCGUGUCUAA